AUGCUGCGGGGUGCACGGGGGGAAUCUGUGUCAGAAAAAGAGCAGUAUCUGCUGCUACAUGGUGGUGUGCAUGCUUGUCGCGAAUCUACACCAAGACCGCGACUUGCUCUCCUCGGCUGCGGCGCUUGGCACCGUCAGCAAUCCGCGCUGACGGUGAAUGUCCCUCAACGGUGGAUGUGCCUCGACUUCACCGUCGGGGACAUCCGCUUCAGGGCUGCACCGACACCGCUCGACACCCGCUGCUUUGGUUCCGCCGCUCUUUACGGCGCCCUCGACAGCAUCCCGGUGCCGCGACCUUGCCAACCUGCACCGCUUGUGCACGCCCAAGUCACUCUGCUCCACCGCAGGGCCAGGUACGACCAACGAGAAGCACACGUCAGGUGCUUCCUCGAUUCUGCUUUUGUUUCUUUUUGUGGCAUCGCCCUUCGGCCCUCCAGCCCAUCCAAUGCCACACCCUGGUUGUUUGCAAUAGUGCACGAUCUCAGAUCGCCUCACGACAUCGACCACGCGCAUAUGCCCUAG